AUGGCUACCCGUCGGCCACGCGUAAAAGUUGCAGCCAAUCUCAGCACACGCCGGCCUGCAAAAUCCGGUGCGUGUGCCGGUGAGCAGGCAAAACCGGAGGCUGAUGUUUCCGUACCGAAUGACCGAACCGAUGCCCCAUCUAUGGUCGACGAUGUGGCGAACUCAACGCCUAAACCCCUGCAUUCUGUCCCUGAUGAAGAUUCGAAUACGAACGUUACGAGUCCGGGGCCGGAUAAGCGUGAGGAGCAAAUGCAGGAAUUCAAACUUCCAAAACCGGUAGAUGACAUUGGGAGAUCCGUUGCGUCAUCCAGCUUAACGGGGAUCGAUGCAUUCUCCAGUCCAGUCAAUACUCACGUCGCCGUAAAUCACACAUUCGACGAGCCACAAUCGCCAAGGAAGCAAGAAACACGUCCCCCGUUUCCCCUGCCAUUCGGUCGCAAAAGAAAUCGCACCGAAUCGCUAACAUCGAACAAAUCGCUUUCGGAAGGUGUGACGGUCAACAAAGUCACCCGUAAGGUGGCCACCAAGCAAGAAGAGUCACAGCGCACCCUCGACAGUAAAAAGGAGAUACGCAAGCGGCUGACAAACAUCGAAAACGUGGACAAACAGAAUCUGACCAUGUUUGACAUGAUCUACUACAAUCCAGUGAACAACCCCAUGACCCCGCCGGCGCUUAGUAAGCGUGGUUCGCUUGAAAACAUUCCCAAAUCCGUCGAAGGGCGAGACCGGGGUAGAACACGAAGCCGCAGCGUAAGUAAAUCCCGGUCGCCCACUCCAGCCCCGUCUAGCUCGGCGUUGCCACCGACUCCAAAACCGGAACCCGUCCAGCUGACACCUCAGCUAAAGCUUGGCCCAAACGGGGAGAUGAUUCUGGAUGAAGCUAGCCUGGUGAUCGAGAACGAGCGCGAGAAGGAAAUGCGAGAGACGCUUGCGAAUACGGAUAUCGUGUACCAGGACGAGUUUAGUGGCAAUUCCGGCUACUACAGUCGCAUCCGGCGAACAAAGGAUUGGGAUGAUGAUGAGACGGUUCGCUUCUAUCGUUGUCUGCACACCAUUGGGACCGAUUUUUCAAUGAUGUUGACUCUCUUCCCAAAACGAUCACGACGCGAUCUCAAACUGAAGUUCAAAAAAGAGGAACGCUUGAACUUGCAGCUCGUAAAUAAAGCGCUCCUCCACCCGAAGCAGUUCAAUAUCGACGAACUGCGGCAACAGUUUGCCCAUGAAGAUGCGAUGCUCGAACUACAAAAGCAGGAAGAGCAACAGCGCCGGAAGGACGAGCGUGAGAAACAAGACAAAGAAAUACUGAAGAAAAAAUUGUUGCAGCGGCUUACGAAAACCAACAAUCCGCAAAGACGGCUCAGCAGAUCGGAGCGAGUUAUGACGGACGAGAUGGAGCUCACGAUAGAAGACCUGAAAGAGACGAAGCGGAAGGUUCCCUCAAGAAAACGAAGUAUCGUCAAGCCAAAGGUAAUAAAGGAUGCUGUGCCGUUAGAGGAUGCUUUGCCGUUGGACGAGGGUGUAUCAAAGAUGGUAUCGAAUGAUGAUGUUGUGCCGAAGAUUGUGUUGGAUAAUGGUAUGAAUGCUGCACCAAAGCCGUUCGAGCAUGCGAACAAGCCCGAAAGUGGUCAUGCGACUGCGGAUGUAGUUUUAAACGGUGGACCUAUACCACACAGUUCCAUGGGUCCGUUCGAUGAGCCUUUUGGUUCCGAAGCGGACGAUCCCGAUGCACCGUUCGUCGUGUAUGAAAAAUCGGCUGAAAGUUAUGAUAACCCCUCGACAACGAACAUGUCGAUCGUUAAAUACCAGUGCAUAGACGAUGAAGAGGAUGCUUAUCCGGAGAGCAACGCAACUGCCGACGAGCAGAACAGCACUGCCAUCGUAGAGCAGUAUCAGGAUGAGUCAACAACUGUGAUAACGUUACAAAACCUAGACGAUCAAAGUCAUACGACAUGCCUUCGCACGGAUGUGUCGGCACCGUUGGCAUCGACGGUAAUAAAUGAACUGACGCCGGUUGAGAUCAAAUACGACGAAUACGUACCAGAGUCGGAUUUGGUCUUCCUUCCGGACGAACCGUCCAAAGCGAGCUCCGUUAAGGAGGAACAACUAUACGCUGCGAAACCGAACCAAGUGGCAGAUAGUGGAGAUGAUCACACCAACCCAGGCAAUGCACCGCUUAACGUGCAACUAAUAAGUUGGCCAUCGAAUUCGGGCACCACUUCGGAACCGUUACCCAUCGUCGUGGCGCUCAAUACGUACGGUUCGUCAUGCGGCACUCUCAUUAUUCCCGACCAACAGCCACCAUCGCAGGCAUUGCUGUUGGAGCAAAAACAGGCGUCCGACCAACCCGUUGAGAAUGAGAUCGGAAAGCAUGAUCUUAAACACCAACCUAAUGAACCGCCUGGUAAUAGGGCAUCAUCGCCGUCACUAUCCUCGGAGCAGUCAAGCUACGCUGAACCAUCAGCGCUGGAUCGAAAUGAAGCUAAGAUUGUGCCUGACAUGUCACUUAAAAAUGAAAUACCAAACCCUCCGAAGACGAGCGUCGUUGAACCCGCUGAUCAGGAUGAAUUUGUGGCUGAGAUUCCGAUGAAAUCCGCCGCCGACGAAUCACCUGAUAUGGACGAUGCGUAUGACAAUGUCGAACACAAUCCCACCGAGUCGGACGAGGACGAUGAGGAGGAAGACGGUGGCUUUUCGCUGGACGGAAUCGACAUCAAUUCGCUGGUGCUGGUUGAAAGUCAAGACACUGUCGAUCCGAACAAAACGUUCUACGAGAUUUACGUGUCGCAUCCGGAGACGGGGCAACUGAGCGAGAAACCGCUCAACGUUCCAGCGGACGUUAUCGAGAACAUCCGCUUAAUAUUAGAGGCCGCCGAUCGGUAA